ACUAAAGUGAUCAGCCAUGUUAAAAAAAAAAGUUAUUAUCCUGAGUUUGCUAUUUCUUUCAAUAUUUGUUUACAUAUGUCAUCUUGCUGGGUUUAAGAAUGAAAUUUUUUUAAUUUUAAAACCUAAAUCAGUUCAGAUUUAUCCUAACUGGCUAACUAACUAUUCUAAUUUUAAUGUUCAAAAUAAAAUUGUGAUUCUCAUAUAUACAGAAAAGUUUAAUUGGAAAAUAUGGCACGCUUAUCCAUUUCCUGAUUAUUCCACCUCAUGUGGAUGCAACUUUCAGGGUUGUCAAUUAACAUAUGACAAAAAUCUUUUCAACCAAAGUCAAGCAGUUAUUUUCAAUGCAAAGGAUCUUCCGCCACACUCAUUGUUAGAACAAUUGGAAAGAAAGAAAACAAAGCAACAGCUUUUUAUAUAUUACACAAAAGAAAACCCAAUUAAUGUCCAAAACUUUAACACUUCUAAACAGUUUUUUAACUUGUUUUCCACAUACCGCUUGGAUUCUGACAUUCGCAUACCCUAUCGAUACCACUUUUCAAAACAAAGUUUUUACAAUAAUGUAAAUCUAGCAAAAAAUAAAACCAAACAAAUAGCAUGGGUAGUAAGCAAUUGUGGUCAAUUGAGGGAUAAACUUGCAAAUAAACUACAGGAAUAUGGCGUGAAUAUAUAUGUUGCGGGUGCAUGUUCGCAACUUUAUAAGCAUCGAUUUCAUUGUUAUAAGAGAAACUGUAACAGUGAGCUAAAAAAAUUCAAAUUUUACUUUGCUGCAGAAAAUCAUCUAUGUAAAGACUACAUAACAGAAAAAUAUUGGUAUAAUGCACUAAAUGCAGAAACUAUACCAAUCGUUCUAGGGGGAGCAAAUUAUUUUGACUCUAGGCUUGCAAUUCCCAACUCAUUUAUUGAUGCAACAAAGUUUGCAACUGUAAAAGAUUUAGCAAAUUUUAUAAAAAAAGUUGACAAUGACGAUAAAAAAUUUAACGAUUUUUUUACGUGGAAAAAACACUGGGAGUUGUCCAAUGAAAAAAAAGGAUGUAGUUAUUACAUGUGCAACUUGUGUCAACAGCUGCAUGCUGGGAUAAACAAAAAAAUCUCAGAAUUUGUAUUUACUGAUGAUGAUUGUAAAACCAAAGAAGAUCAUUUUAAUAAAUGGAUAGAGUUCAUCUAAAAAUCAUUUGUGAAGUAAUUGCAGAAUAUUUUGUUUUAUAUAUGUUUUAAGAUAUUGUUGACAUAUAUAGGAGUAUUAUUCAUCAAAUAAAUUAUAAUAUAAUUCUGUUGGACGAUGAAGUGACAUAUGACUAAUAUUUAAUAAUGUAUAAACUUUGUUAAAACUAAUGUUUAAAAUUAAUAUGUCAAUAAUAUAAA